UGAAGCAGUCACUUAAAUCAGUGUGUGAGUUGAGCAGGAGGCCACUAGGUGGAGCUCUCUCCUUCUCAGAUGGCAACACGCAAGACCCCCUGGACCAGGCUCUGAGCUCUAUACAGAAGACUGUGAGUCCAGAGAUAGACAGUGGGCUGGGAAGCACUGACCUGAGCAGACCAACCUCAGAACAGUCUCAACCACAGUCACACACGGAGAGGCUGCAGCUCCUCCUAGACCCCUGCAGUCCCCUCAGCAUGAGCGGCUCCGACAGCGAAGUGUCCGCCUCCCUCCUACAAACCAUCGCUACGGCAACCACGGCAACCAUCCACCGCCCUAAGCCACUUCGCAUCACUGGAACUGACCAAUGGCUGACGAGAUGCCAACAGGACAGGUCAAUCACAUGUCAGGAUGGUGGGGUGAACCCUCUCAGAGAAGGUGCCGCUCUUGGCUCUGAACAGUUCACUCAGUUGACCAGGGAAGGCCAUGUGUCCAGUUUCUCACGUGUAACGGCCAGUGUUGGCACGGGCAUCCUGCCACCCAGUGAAACCCAGCCCCACGUCUGCUCCUGCCACAACGAGGCCAUCCUGACCCUGCAGUCUGAGGUGGCCAACCUGAAGAGAGAGCUGGAGGAGCGCCUCUCCCACCUGCCGCACUUCUCCAAGCAGGUGGCCCAGCUGGCCCCGGCCCGGCCCAGGCAGGAGAGGAGGCCCAAGGCCCGACCCAGGGCUCAUCACCGGCCCAGCUCCAGCAGCAAGUCCAACUCAGUCUCCCUCAAGGUGGAAGACUGGAUCUCUUCAGAUAUGGACCAAAGCAAGAGAAAAGUUACAGACAGUGGGGGCUCAGACCUCAGUGGGAGUCUGCAGACGUCACUCAGCAGCGGCGUGUCAGGCUUCCUGGGCCCACAGAGGAAAUCCCAGAUCAGCGCGGCCACUGGGGAUAGACAGUGGCCCCCAGAACUCCCCCCCUUUGACUCCACCAGAGACACCAGUCAGAGACACGCCUACCGCUCCAGCUACCUGCCACCAGCAAUUGGGAUGGAGGAUGUGUAUGUGAAGGACAGGGAGAUGAUAUGCUCAAUGCAGCCAUUGCAGAGGCCCCUGCGGCAGGUCAACUAUGCCUCCUCCUGCAGUCUUCCAGCUGGUUUCAAAGUGCUGGAAGGCCAGUCCCAUUCCGCUCCAGUCCAGAGGAGGCGCUCUACCCAGUCGGACUCGGCCCUCCUGCCCAGCUCCGUCUUCCUCCGGCGGACCCCGGCCUCGCCUCUCGGCUCACCUCGGCCCCGGAGCUCCAAAGGCAAGCACAGGAGCAGCAAGGCAAGUGGUGCCUCUAAGCCUGAUGAGGACAUCAGUCGGACCCUGGACAAGGCCAUCGAGGCCGCCCGCAGCAUGAAACGCACCACCGAGCGCAUGGCCAAGAGUCUCUCGGCAGACCUGGCCAAGGCGGAGCUCCAGCGCAAGCUCCGAGAGCACUACCCCCUGGAGAACAUGCCCAGCCCGGAGCCCUGA